AUGUUCGAAGCACUAUCGAAACCCAAGAUGAUGCGCGACAUUCAGGACAAUGCUGGGCCAGGCGCAAGCGGCACGAUGGAGGAAAACGAGGGCGGCGAGAGUGGGGAUGUCGAGGUCGAUAUGGACGACUACGGCUCUCUGACUCUUCCCCCAGACCUUCCACCAUAUUCAGGCGAUUACAUCAUUAGUGAUUACAUGGAACGUCUUGGUACUCGACUUAAUAUACUCGAAACGGAACUCAAGUACGCCUGGCGAGCAUUAGAUCUGCUAAGCCAGGAAUAUGUCAGAAUGUGGGAAAGGCUAGAGAGAUUAGAAGCACUUCUUGCAGAUCAACAGGGUGUAAUAUCAACUUUGCUUGACUUUUAUACUUGUCGCACUGUUGCUUCUAGAGAUCCAAUGACCAGGCUAGAAGUUAUUAGAGAAAUAUUAGGAAAUGGGACUGUUGAGGAUGGUAUAGAAGAAGGAUUGGAUAUAGGACGAAGUGCUUUAUUAAUUGACACUCAAGAUGAAGUAAUGGAAUCGGAUGAGGCAUUUUAUAAAAGCUUGAAUCAGGCUUAUCGAGACGAUCUUGUUUGUGAAGAAAGUUCUAUACCUAAUUCACAGCUUGAUAUGAUUUGGGAAGCACCUGAAGAACCUGAUAUGGAAUUAAUGCCUUCAUCAUCCCGACAAAUUUACAGUGCAAAUAAUUACAAAGACUAUUGUGGCCUACAAGAUGAACCUGGUAUUAGUGAAAGAGAUUUGGUUCGUUUAUCUACUUUUAGUACAAUAGAUCAGAUAACUGUAGAUAAAUUACAUGAAUUAGAUAGGUUGACAAGCCAAUUACACAAAGAUUCGAGAGAGUUAAAAGACUUGAAAAGUAGACUACUUAGCCCUGAUACAAAAAUUUCAUCAAAACAUGAUAGAGACAUUGAAGCGAAAACAUUAGUAGAAGAUGGAAAUAUUAUAAACGAACAAUUAAAAAACAUUUAUACAGGAAGUGAAAACUGGGGUAUCAACGAUAUGAUGAAAAGUUUUGACGAUUUUGUUUUAACUGUACCUAAAGAGACACUUACAAGUGACAAAUCACCUUCAAGAGUGUCACUUACUGAAAAUACUGUAUCCGAAAAAAAAAUUGAAUAUUUACCAACAAGUAUAUCACCAAGAAGAAAAUUUGUGCCAGAAAGAACUACAACGGAGCCAUAUACAACUGUAACCGGUCGCUUAGCUUAUAGUACAGCUGUAGCGAAUGCUGAAAUAAAUGCAGCAAAAUCAUCAAAAUCCCCUAGUGCCCUUUCUAAAGAAAGAUUUGAAUAUAGUUCUAAUUACCAACUAACCGAUGUUCCCCGGCAAAAUUUUUAUUCACCUAGAGCAACAUCUCAAACGUUUGAUGAAGAAUACAAAAGAAUUUCAGAUCAGCAUUCGCCUUUGUCUGUUCAUGAUGUGUACGAUGUACCUAUGGAUAACAUAUUGGAGAUAAAUUAUGAAGACACUAAGCUGCACAAAUCUCCUAGUCCUCCACCACCAGCUCCUCUUAGUGGCAUUGAACUAUUUUCUCCGGUUGAAAAUAAUAACGAAUUAUCCUCUCGACACACGAUGUUAUCCACCGCAUCUGUUCCAGUAGACACUAUACGUUUAAGUCCCCGAUCUCCAAAAUCUCCAAAAACAUCACCUAAAUUUUUGAAAAAAGAUACUACUAAUAUAGUUGCAGCGAAGUCAGAUUCUGGUUUAUCAUCUAUGAGCGGAUGGUCAAGUCUUGAAAAAAGCCCAGGUUCACCAAAAACCUCCAGAAUAUCGCACGGAAAUUACGAUGGUCAUAAAUUAAGGAUAUUAUCUCCACAAGGUAUUCAUAAAGUAGCGUAUGAAAUCGAACCAAAGCCAUACAUUGAAACAUUAGUAGAUUCAUAUCGGUUUGAAGGUCAAACUGUUAAACGAGAUUAUAAUUUUCGAAAUGAUGAAAUAAAAGUCAUUUCUAAUUCCACAGAAAAGUUACAGAGUAAAAUCGAUACAGGCCUUUCGAAAACUGAUAUUUCAUACUCAAACCAAGCAAUUACAAAUAUGAGUGAGUACUACUAUGGAAAUGAAGCACCAUCAAUUUAUUCAGUUGCAGGGAAUAGACAACCGAUCUUUACCACAGUAUAUAGCAGUCCACGAGGAAUGUUAUCAGAUAAUAGAAGUUUCUCUCAAUUAUUGGACACAAGUACUAUUUCAGAACCUAUUUCUAAACCUGCGAUCGACCCAUAUCCACCGGAACCAAGCUAUCAUGCACAAACUGUUGUAUUGUCAGCAGCAAAUGUCACAAAAAAACCUUUGUUAAGAGCAAAUACAAUAGGUGCUAAUGAUCCUCAUUUUUAUCAAAAUGGAUACAAAGUAGCAAAUCAUCGUUCAGGAUACCCACAGGGCAAUCUUACAGAUGCGUUAUCUUAUUAUCCAACUUCUAGCAGAUAUGACUCACCAAAACGAGUACAGUUAGAAGAUCAGCUGUCUUGGCAAGAUAGUAAUAAAUCUCCAUCAAGUUCAAUAGAAACUUCCAGCUUAAAGUCGCGAUCACUUAACAUAACCGAAAGAAAACACUUUCAAAAUCAACUUCAACAAGAAUAUUUCAAGCAGCAGCAAUAUGACCAGCGUAAUGGUAAUGUUAUAUGUGAAGUUCAGGAAUAUGAAAAACCUAUUAUAGAUCAUCCAACUACAGGGAAAGAACAAUUUGUAGAUUCAAGUGGAAUUUUAGUUUCUGAAUCAGGUUAUUUAUCGAUUUCAUCAAAUCUUAGAAUGAAAAGUCAAGAUAAGUCCUCAAAAAAACCAAAACGUACAUCAUCACUAAGAUCAGCUAUGUCAUCUGUGAGUCAUUGGCUACCUGAUUUACAUUUACCCAAAAAACAUAGAUCUCACUCUCUCCCAUCUGGUGUUGAUACUAUGGAACAGCCCCCACAAGAAAAAUCAUUAAAGGAAAGAAUAUUAUCAGCACAAAGAAGAAAAAAGAAAUACCAAUUAGUUGCAUCUAUGUCCGGAUUACUGCAAAAAGCUAGACGAAAACAACAAACUAGUCAUCAAUCGUUAUCUGACCCCGAAACAUCAGAAACAGAAUGGUCAGGAGGUAGAUCUAGCGCUCAGUCUGAAGAUAGUGAUAGUGUAUUUUCGGAUUCAACACACGAAAACAAUGUAUUUGCUAAAGUUCCUGUAAAGCAAAGACAAAGAAAAACUAACAAUCAAGAAAUCGUAGAACAACAGCAAAUGAUUCAAGAACUACAACAGGGACCAGAACUACAUGAAGAAGAUAAUGAAUACGGUAUAGAAGAAAAUGAAAAGUACAACGCCGCCAUUCCCCGGGAUAAAAGCGAUGAUAUUGAUUUUCACUUUGCACGGGUUAGCCAAAUGAACAAAGAUAAUAUUUCCGAAAUUGAGAAACUUGAUAUCGAUACUGAUAUAUCGAAUAUUGAUCUAUUUGAAGAGAAUGUAAAAGGCGAUAACCAAUCGCCAACUUCAAUAUUUGCAACAAUAGGAGAUGUAAAAAAGGCUGCAGCAGUUGUAGAUGAAGGAACUAAUGAAAAUAAUAAGUCAUAUAGUAGUAGUUCUCAAGAAUUUGCAGUUUCACGUGCCUUGGGUAAAUACCGACUUCGUAAAUCGACCUCUAUUUCUGAUGAACAAAUAAGCAAUAAAUCUCCCCCCAGAAUAGAUAUGAAUUCCCAAGAGGAACAAAACGAUGAGUCAGUAAAUAAAAAAGAUAAGAGACAUCGCAAGCCUAGUCCUCCAGAAAUUGUUAAUAAUUCAACUCACGAAGAAAACGUUUUCUACCCUGAACGAAGUCCAUCUAAUCAAAGUGCACGAGGACUCCCAAAUAAAUUUAUUCCACGUCAUCAACAAAGUUUAGAUAUACCUAAUAAACAUGAGGAUGAUGAUAGCCGUAGUACACAUUCAUGGAGAAGUGGGUCCCGCGUAUCAUCAAGAAGGCAAAGCACAGAAGACAGUAUAGAUUCUGAAGAUGAGUGGUAUUGCUACGAAUUAAGAAAAUUAGAAGAAAUGGAACACCAAUCUCAGCAAGAAGCAGAAAGGCAAAAAACAUUAACAGAAGAACCUGAACCUGAGGACGGAAGUGCUGUUGAAUCUAGUGAGGAUUUGAAGGAGAAAAUGUCCUAUGUACUUCAGGAGCUUCAACUCAAAACAGCUCCGAUAAAAGAAAAAUAUGACGAUCUUCAAACAAAGGAGACUUGGAAAGAUAUAACGACAUUUCCUUCAAUUGAAGAGAAGUCAGACGAGUCCCAUGUUGACAAAGAUUAUGAGGAAGAAAAGUCGUUUGACGAUUCUGGAUCUGGUGAAACAUCAGGACCCGAUAGUCCGGUUCAGAGUGGAGAUGAAUUUGAGGACGACUACAAUAUGCCUCAAAUACAAUAUCAAGAACAAGAACGGGUUGAAAAGCCUCCAGUCCAGCAAGAAACGCAAGUAGGAAGUAAAUGGAAACUACUUAAAGCAUUAAAAGAUAGGAAAGCAGAAGAAAAGACUUCGGAAGCUCCCGCAGCGACGACGCCAUCUGCUGAGAAGGAUAAAGUUAGUGCUGGUAAUGGAUCCGGUGGCUUUAGUGAACAAGGUGGUCGAGGAAAUGGACACCCCGGAGAUAAUCCCUUCUAUAGUAACAUCGACAGCAUGCCCGACAUACGGCCAAGGAGGAAAUCAAUUCCACUGGUAUCGGAACUUACAAUGGCCGCCACAAAAAGGAAUGCCGGACUGACGUCAGCUGUUCAUAGAGCAACUUUAAACGAUGAAGAACUGAAAAUGCAUGUGUAUAAGAAGACAUUACAAGCUCUAAUCUACCCUAUUUCAUCAACCACUCCUCAUAAUUUCGUACUUUGGACCGCCACAUCACCAACAUACUGUUACGAGUGCGAAGGUUUGCUUUGGGGAAUUGCAAGACAAGGAGUAAGAUGUACUGAAUGCGGAGUGAAGUGCCACGAGAAGUGCAAGGACUUACUCAAUGCCGACUGCCUUCAAAGGGCUGCUGAGAAGUCUUCGAAGCAUGGAGCCGAGGACAAAGCGAACUCUAUCAUCACCGCUAUGAAGGAGCGAAUGAAGCAAAGGGAGCGGGAUAAGCCGGAGAUUUUCGAACUCAUAAGACGCGUGUUCAGCAUCGAAGGAGAGGGACAUUUGGCACACAUGAGCACCGUGAAGCAGUCGGUCCUUGAUGGAACAUCGAAAUGGAGCGCCAAGAUCGCUAUAACAGACACACACAUUGACAGCCUGGAACAGGCCAAGCAAGUCACUAUUGAAGGGACUUCGAAAUGGUCCUGCAAAAUCGCCAUUACAGUUAUUUGUGCACAAGGGCUUAUCGCAAAAGACAAGAGCGGAACUUCUGACCCUUACGUCACGGUUCAAGUUAGCAAAGUUAAGAAGAGGACAAGAACAAUGCCGCAGGAACUGAAUCCGGUUUGGAACGAAAAGUUUUACUUUGAAUGUCAUAACUCUUCCGAUCGCAUCAAAGUGAGAGUAUGGGAUGAAGAUAACGACUUGAAAUCAAAGCUCCGGCAAAAGUUAACCAGAGAAUCGGAUGACUUUUUGGGCCAAACGAUUAUUGAGGUUCGAACACUUUCCGGAGAAAUGGACGUCUGGUAUAAUCUGGAGAAGAGAACUGAUAAGUCAGCUGUGUCAGGAGCCAUCAGACUUCAUAUAAAUGUAGAAAUCAAGGGUGAAGAGAAAGUGGCGCCGUAUCAUGUUCAGUAUACCUGCCUACACGAAAAUUUGUUUCAUUACCUGUGCGAGGAAAAUGGCGGUGCCGUAACUUUGCCUGCUGCGAGGGGCGACGACGCUUGGAAAAUCUACUUCAACGAGAUCCCCGAGGAGAUUGUAGAUGAAUUCGCUAUGAGAUAUGGAAUUGAGGCUAUUUAUCAAGCUAUGACACAUUUCCAUUGUCUCUCAACAAAAUACCUCUGUGCCGGCGUACCAGCUGUUAUGUCGACGCUUCUUGCCAACAUUAAUGCAUAUUAUGCACACACAACCGCGUCGUCAGCUGUAUCGGCAUCAGAUCGAUUUGCUGCGUCAAACUUUGGGAAAGAAAAGUUUGUCAAGUUGCUUGAUCAGCUGCACAACUCCUUAAGGAUAGACUUGUCGAUGUACCGAAACAACUUCCCAGCAUCCAGCGCCGAAAAGUUGAUGGAUCUCAAAUCCACUGUCGAUUUGCUGACUAGCAUUACAUUCUUUAGAAUGAAGGUCCAAGAACUUAGCAGCCCACCACGCGCAAGUACCGUUGUUAAAGAUUGUGUAAAGGCUUGCCUCAGGUCUACGUAUCAAUUCCUCUUCGAAAACUGUUACGAGCUCUAUAACAGAGAAUUCCAGGUUGAUCCUAAUGAAGCCAAACGUGAUCCGUCAGACCACGGACCUCAAUUGGAUUCGGUGGACUUCUGGCACAAACUAAUCGCUCUCAUUGUAUCUGUGAUCGAAGAAGAUAGGAAUAGCUAUGCGCCCGUUCUUAAUCAGUUCCCACAAGAGUUGAACAUUGGUCAGUUAUCAGCCGCGACCAUGUGGUCACUCUUUGCUGUUGAUAUGAAGUACGCGUUAGAGGAACAUGAACAGCACAGGCUAUGCAAGUCUUCUGCUUAUAUGAAUCUGCAUUUCAAGGUGAAGUGGUUACACACAAAUUACGUUAAAGACGUGCCUCCAUACUGCGGCGCGGUUCCGGAAUACCCAGCUUGGUUUGAACCAUUCGUAAUGCAGUGGUUGAACGAGAACGAUGAUGUGUCUCUAGAAUAUCUCAACGGAGCCUUUAAUAGAGACAAGAGAGACGGGGUAAGUGUCGAAAUUCUGGUGCUAAAAUAUUUAAAAAAAAAUUAA